AUGCAGGAACCUCUUCUGCUUCUGGCUGGAAGGGGCGACUUGACUUACAAACGCCCUGACUUUUACGCAGUAACGGCAUUCAUAAAUGACAGCACAUUCGAACAGCUCCCAAACGUCUGGGACAGCAUGCGCCAUCACGUGCAAAGCGUGGGUACCUUGAGGGAGCGCCACGAUACCCACUCGCCGACAAAAGAUGGAAACCAUCCCGGAAGCGCUCAAAAGGCCGAGAUAGCUCGGUUUAUCCACAGGGCCAACCAGCUUCGACAGGUCAAGCCUGCCAUCACAUAUUGGUGCGAGUACUGGGCGGUAAAGCAGAUCCUAGCGAAACAACUACACACUAUCGACGAUGAGUGCCUCUCGUUUACCACGGGUCUCAUGGACAAGCUGGAGCAGACAAAAACCAAGUUUCCCGAUGACGACGCCAUAAUCGACGACACUGCCGGUCAAGCCUAUGUUGAGCAGUUUGCCCAGCAAACCUUUGACCGAUGCGAAAAGGUCCUCUAUGCCGACAAAGUGACGAGGCAAACCGCCGACACGUUUGACGCGGCCGCGACAUUCUUCCAACUCAUCAGCAUCUGGGAAACCCCCGACGCCGAAACGCAAAAGAAGAUCAAAUUCGCCAAGUGGAACGCGGCGCGCAUACUCCGAGCCAUCAAGGAGGGCCAAGACCCAAACGAGUCAAAUCCCAAACGUCCCACAGUGGAAGAGGUGGAAGAGGGCGCCGAGGGCGCAGAGGAGAUUCCUACUUUCGUAGACCACCCUAGUCCAGGUGUCUCGCCAAUCGAUCACAUCCCCGACCGGCCCUCGCCCCCGCCCCGGCUUCCCUUCGACCCCGUCGCCAGCCCGCUGCCUUCCCACCUCCACCAGCAGCAGCCCGACUUCACGCCCCCUUCGCCGAUGAGCCAAGGCUCGCCCGUCAACUUCCCGGACCACGUCCCCUCACCCUACUCCCGCACCAGCCUAUCGCCCGCCAACGCGAGCCUUUCGCAGCCUCCCAUCCAACCCCCUCCUCCAACGAGCGCCCCGGGCCCCAGCCACCCGACGGCAGGCCCCGGCCCCGGCUCCCACCCGCUCCACUUUUCCUCCCUUCCCCGGCCCGAGCGUCAUCCCAGCGCCGUCUCCACAACCGCAGACCCCACCCUCGGCCCCUUCUUGGGCUCCGUCCGCGCCCCAGGCUGGGCAUGCGCCGGGAUACCCCGCGCACCCCCACCCACAGGCCACCCGUUGGCGUACGCGCAGCAGCCGCCCGCACAACCGGUAGUGGCACCGGCAGCUGUGGACGAGGUGCAGAUUUCGCAAGCGCAGAAGCAUGCCAAGUGGGCCAUAUCGGCUCUCAACUUUGACGACGUCCCUACAGCGGUGAAGGAGCUGAGGAAGGCGCUAGAGUCCCUUGGCGCCCAGUAA